GGAGAAGAUAAGGACGUUAAAAGGAGAGACAGUGACAACUUUUCAAACGUGAUACAAAAGGAAACACAACUAACCACCAAAGACAAACUCUCUGUCCCUCGUUUUGUCAGACCUCAGUGUUUCUCAAUCCAUGGCGGAUCAAACCCAGAACCCACAAAUAUUUGAGCUCAACAAUGGAAGCAUGCUAGUCAAGAUCACCAACCUCGGUUGCAUUAUUACUUCCUUGUCCGUACCUGACAGAAAUGGGAAUUUAGCUGAUGUUGUUCUUGGAUUCGACUCUGUUGAGCCAUAUCUGAAAGGUGCUGCACCUUAUUUUGGGGCCAUUGUUGGCCGAGUGGCAAACAGGAUUAAAAAUGGAAAGUUUACUCUCAAUGGGGUCGAGUACACUUUGCCCAUUAACAAGCCUCCAAACAGUCUUCAUGGUGGGCACAAGGGUUUUGAUAAGGUGAUAUGGGAGGUAGCAGAAUAUAAGAAGGGUGAAAACUCAUCAAUUACCUUCAAGUAUCAAAGUCAUGAUGGAGAGGAAGGUUACCCUGGGCAUCUUUCUGUAACUGCAACUUACACUCUUACUUCAAGCACGACAAUGAGGCUCGACAUGGAAGCAGUGCCCAAGGAUAAAGCAACUCCAGUCAGCUUAGCGCAGCAUACCUAUUGGAACUUAGCUGGCCACAACUCUGGGAACAUACUAGACCAUUCAAUUCAAAUAUGGGGAUCUCAUGUUACACCUGUAGAUGAGAACACUGUACCAACUGGUGAAAUCAUGCCAGUUAAAGGCACACCUUUUGACUUCUCCUCUGAGAAGAGAGUUGGUGCUUCAAUCCAUGAAGUUGGUUUAGGCUAUGAUCACAACUACGUGCUUGACUGCGGGGAAGAGAAAUCAGGUUUGAAACGUGCUGCAAAACUUAAAGAUCCAUCAAGCUCAAGGGUGCUUAACUUGUGGACCAAUGCUCCUGGGAUGCAGUUUUACACUGGAAACUAUGUGAAUGGAGUUGUUGGUAAAGGAGGUGCUGUUUAUGGAAAGCAUUCAGGUCUGUGUUUGGAGACACAAGGAUUCCCUAAUGCCAUAAACCAAUCAAACUUCCCUUCAGUGGUCGUUCAACCUGGUGAGACAUAUAAGCACACCAUGUUGUUUGAGUUUUCAGUUGAGUGAAUUAUUAGUAUUUGAGCGCCAGUGAGAAUGAAGUUUAAUUCUGGUUUUGCAGAAUCACAAACGUGUAUGAACUUGUGUUGCUGAUCUGAUACUGCCUCGAAUAAUAAAGUGAUUCUAGUUUUAUA